AUGUCAUCAACAACAUCAUCAACGUCACUACUUCUUUGUGUUUUAGUCAAAUCUGCAAAAAUACAAUCUUUAGACAAUGAAUGUUAUUCUUAUGUUGUAUUGAAAAUUGAUAAUGUCAAAUCAACAACAAGUGUUGUAAAAGGUCAACAACCUAAUUGGGAACAAGAAUUUUAUUUUGACGUACCCGAUCGUUCAACAGGUCUUCAAAUCGAAUUAUGGGAACGUGGUCAAUUUCGGGAUAAAUUACUUGGAUUAUGUCAUAUUGGUUUAGAUCGUAAUGAUAAUCAAGAUAUAACAAAUAUAAAUGAUGGUAAUGAACGAUGGAUUAUUCUUGAUUCGGAAUUAAUUUUAAAUCGUCAAGGACAAGUUGCUCGAACAUGUAAUCCAACAAAACAUUCAAUUUUGAUUCGUACUUAUGUUGAAUUACCAUCGGAUUUAACGGAAGAAGAAUCAAGAGAUUUAACUGAAAAACUUGAAAUUCUUCGUGAAAUUCUUGAUAAAGAAGGACGUCAAUUGCAAGAUGUUACACUUAAUGAAAUUAAAUCACUUUCCACAAUGUAUCUUGAUCAACAGCCUCUUCAAUAUCAACAAGUAACUAAUCAUUCUCACUCACAUUUUUCAGACGAUAGUGAUUACACAUCAGAUGUAUCUUAUCCGAUAAAUACUCAAGCUAAUUUAAAUUAUCCAGUAUCAUCUAUGUCACAAUCGAAUGUAGUACCAUUAACAAAUGAAAAUAUAUCUUCAUCAACAUCAACUAAAAAACCAUUAGCAUUUGUUCAACCACUUAUUAGAGAUUUACAUUCAGUACCAAACACAUCUCGAAAAUCAAAUCAAAAUCAAAUACUAAAUAGAACUUCAUUCAUAGAACAAGAACCACUUUCAUAUAUUAGUCAACCGAGAAAAUUACCUAUCAAUAACAUGACAGAUCUAAAUCAAAAUGAAAAGUAA